GGCCACGUUGACUUGAAAGAACCCUAGCAGUGGGACCAGGUCGGAAGCAAAGCGAGUCCCAAACUGAGUGUAUCUGGUCAGAGAUAUAUAUUCUUUUUAAAAGACAUUGUGUUACUGGAGCCAGGCCUGGAUCUUUUAGCAUCCAGUUGAGCUGGAAGCAGCUCAUAGGUUUGUUUUGUUUUUGUUUUUUUAAUUCAUGUUUGUACAAUCUUCUGGAUAUUUUUUUUCAAGAAGGAGUAAAAGGGAGUGUUGGAAACUAACAAACAGGAUUAAAACCUGAGCGCUUAAGGAAAACAGGUUAAGGAACUUAAUCCAGGAUGGAUAUGCAGGAGCCGCAGCAGCUGGGCAUGUUUGCAGAGAGUGAGCUGAUGUCUGUGGGGAUGGACACUUUUAUCCAUCGCAUCGACUCUACGGAGGUCAUCUACCAGCCACGGCGGAAAAGGGCCAAGCUCAUUGGCAAAUACCUGAUGGGAGACUUACUUGGAGAAGGGUCUUACGGCAAAGUCAAGGAGAUGUUGGACUCUGAAACCCUCUGCAGGAGAGCUGUGAAAAUACUGAAAAAGAAGAAGCUACGCAGAAUUCCCAACGGGGAGGCAAAUGUGAAAAAGGAAAUUCAGCUCCUGCGACGAUUACGGCACAAAAAUGUUAUCCAGUUGGUAGAUGUGUUAUACAAUGAAGAGAAGCAGAAAAUGUAUAUGGUGAUGGAGUACUGUGUGUGUGGGAUGCAGGAGAUGCUGGACAGUGUCCCAGAAAAGAGGUUUCCAGUUUUUCAGGCUCACGGGUACUUUUGUCAGCUUAUAGACGGCUUAGAAUACUUGCACAGCCAAGGGAUUGUCCACAAGGAUAUAAAACCGGGGAACCUCCUGCUAACAACCAAUGGGACACUAAAAAUAUCCGAUUUAGGAGUAGCAGAGGCAUUGCAUCCCUUUGCAGAGGAUGACACGUGCAGAACGAGCCAAGGGUCGCCAGCAUUCCAGCCACCAGAAAUUGCCAAUGGCCUUGACACCUUUUCAGGCUUUAAAGUAGACAUCUGGUCCGCAGGGGUCACGCUAUACAACAUUACAACGGGUCUAUACCCCUUUGAAGGGGAUAAUAUCUAUAAAUUAUUUGAAAACAUCGGGAAAGGUGACUACACAAUUCCAGAGGAUUGUGGUCCUCCGCUCUCAGACUUGUUGAGAGGGAUGCUUGAAUACGACCCAGCCAAGAGAUUUUCAAUACAGCAGAUAAGGCAGCACAAUUGGUUUCGUAAGAAACACGCUCAGGCAGAGGCUCUGGUGCCCAUUCCUCCCAGCCCCGAAACAAAGGACAGGUGGAGAAGUAUGACGGCGGUGCCUUAUCUGGAAGAUCUGCAUGGCUACAAUGAGGAAGAAGAUGAUGACUUGUAUGACAUUGAAGAUGAUAUCAUCUACACUCAGGACUUCACAGUACCAGGACAGGUGCCUGAGGAGGAGGCAGGGCAGAACGGGCAGAGCCGCGGCAAGGGGCUGCCCAAGGCCGUCUGCAUGAACGGGACGGAGACGGGACAGCUGAGCACCAAAGCGAAGGCGGAGCGGCGGGCGAGCGCCUCUUCCAACCCCUCCCGCAAGGCCUGCUCCGCCAGCAGCAAGAUCCGCAAGCUCUCCACCUGCAAGCAGCAGUGAGGCGGGAGCCCCCUGCUCGGCACAG